AUGACCACCCAAAUGGAUCACAGAACUGGCGACCUCAAGUCUGUGCAGGCGAACCUGGCUGAUGGAGAAGUAAAGAAUGAGGAGGCUUACCAAUGGGGUAAACCUGGGCCCAACAGUGAUAUGUGGUGUACCAUUGCUUCUGCCCACCAUGUCUCCCUGGAUCAACAACCAAAUAACUGGAUUGUAGACUCCAGGGCAACAGAUCAUGUCACAAAUGAUAAAUCAAAUCUUAGUUCAUCCCUCCCCUGCACUGGCUUUGUGAAGACCACUAGUGGAACAAAGAUUUGUAUUGUGGCUGUGGGUCAGGCCAUGCUCAGAGUGAAUGGCCAUAAAGUACUACUAGACAAUAUACUUUAUGUCCCAGACUCUAAUGCAAAGCUGAUCUUGGACUGUGUGGUCAGCAAGUCAACUAAAGCCCAGAUGGGACAUGGGAGUGGUACACAUGCUAAAGACCCCCUAGAAUUGAUACACAUCGAUCUUGCCAUGCACUGGUCAAUGAAGACUGAGGUCACAUGCUUGCUAGUCACAAUUGAUGAUGCCUCUAGCUUUACAUAUGUGAAACCACUCCAGACAAAAUCAGAUGCACUGCAAGUCUUAAAAGAGUGGAUUCAAUAUGCUGAGGUCUCAGCAGUGGCUAUCAGUUGGCAGAAUGAUGCUGGUUUCCAGUGGCAAAAGACAUCGCCAUACACCAGCAAACAAAAUGGUAAGGCUGAGCACACAAUCAGAACAAUCAGGGAGAUGAUGAUCACCAUGAUGCACAUGCAUCACCUGCCACAGAUGUUCUGGCCUUUUGCUGCCAAGGCCACCACAUUCAUGAAAAACCUUCUGCCAAAUGUCGAAAAUUGGUUGCCUUGCAUGGGUCAACAUACCCAGGGCAAAGUAUAUGAUGAGGAACACAAGGGAUGGAAGUUCCUAUCCCCAAAUCAUAAUCUGCUGGUCUUUUGGUCCAACUCAGCAUGUUUCCUCCAAAACAGGUCAUGGAAUGACUGCACAGACAUGACCCAGAUCCAAGACAUGGAUGCCCUGCACUACAGCCCUGGGGCUGACACUACUGACCUCAGCUAUGAUGAUGUCAACAUGCAUGACAAAGAACUCCAACAACCUUUGGAUGAUGUCUACUGCCCAACACAGGAGCAAGAUAUGUUUUCCAGGGGAGAAACAACACCCCCUGAACUGGCAGAUACCACCCUCGACCACCUGGAUGGCAUGACAGACAUGGAACCUGUUUUGACCACAUUGACCAUACCCUCAAAUCAAGCAUCUGACAGUACAGUAGAAAAUGGAUACCAAUUGGAAAUGUCAUCAGCCUCACCACCCCCAAUCAGAGACCUUGCAUGCCACACUCAAGACUCCACUUUCUCCAAGUACUCAUCAAUACAAAAUGUGCAAUAUUAUCACAACAAGUUUGCCACAAUGUGUGAGAUGUACCCAUGGCUACAUCUGACAACACUCACUAAACUGCUCUGCAUUUACCCAAGAAUGUUCCUGCCGGCUGCCAAGAUGCACCAAUUCCAGGAGAAGCUCCAGCACCAUGGCAAACUAGCAAAUAUCAGACCCAUUCUGGAGUAUAACACCAAUGUAUAUCACAAUGCAAAUGUAUAUACAUUUUUGGUCAUGAAUCUAAAGCCAUCAGUGAAAGAAGCAUUAACUGGACCCAAUCAGAUCCAUUGGUGUGAGGCAAUCAAGGCAGAAAUGGAUGGUCUUGAGAGCAUGCAUAUCUGGGAGACUGUGGACUGGCCCAAAGACAUGAACCUCAUGGACUCCAAACUUGUCCUACAGGUCAAGACUGAUGCAAGCAAUGUUCCAUAUAAGUUCAAGGCUAGAUUUUGA